UUGGUAGAGAAAAUUUAUGUCUUUCGGGUAAAAAGGUUAGGUCGAUAUACUUACUAGUUUUUGGAGAAAUUAGAAAAUAUUCAAUAAAAAUCAAAAUCAAUUAUGGAAAUAUCAAAAACUGCAAUUGGUAUUGCUGCGGGUGUUUGUGGUACAAUAUUUUUAGGAUAUUGCAUUUAUUUUGACAAACAGAGACGUAGUCAUCCCGAUUUUAAAAGGAAAUUACAUGAAAAAAGAAAAGCGAAGAAACAAGCAGCCAAUGUUAACUCAGGUAGAGGGACAAAUGUUAUGCCUGAUCUUAAAGAUUAUGAGGCAGUUCGAAGAUAUUUCUUGCAAGAAGUACAGUUAGGUGAAGAAAUGUUGGCUACAGGUGAAUUGGAACAAGGUGUCGAACAUCUUGCGAAUGCUGUUGCCUACUGUGGACAACCUCAUCAAUUAUUACAAGUAUUACAACAAACAUUGCCACCACAAGUGUUUCACCUGUUACUACAGAGGAUGCAAGGUAUGGGUGUACAACAAGCACGUGCAUCUGGUAUCACAGUUGACGAUGUUGAAUGAAAUUUUUGUUACAUUGUUUAGUUUUCGAGUUUCUAGAUAAUUGUAGCUUACCUCCUGUUAUAUUUCAAAACUAUUAAAAAAAAAACAAAAACAAAAUGGAUAAAAAAUGUAUAUUUUGGUGAAAAAAAAAAUCAAAUAUUUCAAUUUAUAUUUAAAUGUUAUAUGUCAUCUCGUACCUAUCAUUAAUAAUUUAAUAACAACACAAUAACCAACACUUGUAGUUCUUUAGCUUAACGUGGUGGCUACUGUACUGACUUAAAAGAGUAAGAAAAACAAAUUUUGUAAAUAUAUUGACGAUGGCUUGUAUUUUUAAAUAACAUACAAAUAUAUUUUGUGUUUAAUA